AUGGAAAUUAUCGCUCAGUUAAAAGAUGUAGAGACCCUGGCAGACCUGAAGAGUACACUAGAGGAGUUGCGACGACUUGAUGCUCUGGCGGCUGAGCUUCAAUCACGGGAGGACAAACUGGAACGGGAACUAGAGGAUGAAUGCAGAAAGUAUCACUCUCAAUAUUACGGCACUGAAGCGUUAAAUGCGGCCUGUGAGGACAUGCAGGAAGAGUUGAUGACUUUCGCGACAGAAGCCUCAGCCAACUUACAAGAUCUCGUGGCGAGGACCGGAGGAUUGACCAAGGACAUCAUCGCUAGGCGGAAAGAGCAGCAAGAGCAAAACAAGAUUAAGGUGCGGAAGGAGGCCAUGAUUGUUUUGAAAAGCUGUUCCGCCGAUUUCCGAAAGAGCGCGAUCGAAUUAAUUAAUUGCACACGCGUGUGCUUGCAAACUCUUAUGCCCAACAUGGGCGAUGACAUGCUUCAUACGGUUAGGUCAGAGCAAGCUAUUAGUGAACUGGUGAAUGCAAACGCGCUGCCAGGUUCUGUGAACCCGGUGUUGCCUCCUGCCAUAACAGCAUCUGCUUCUAUGCCCGUCGUUGUGCCGCCUUUAGAAAAACGGACAACGGGGACUCACUACGAUAGGUUGGUGGAGCUAAACAUACACAUUAGGAGUCUUAUUACCCAAAUAAAGAUCGCCAAGGACAUUAUACGAGCAAAGGGCAACCUCUUCAAUGAUGAUGGAAAGGCGAGGGCUGUUUGCGGCACUAUAGAAGAUGUAACAGAUGAGUUGGACCAGCUCGAUGUAGACCAUGCAGACGUGGUAGUUGCCCAAUCAUUCAAUCUUAGUCGAGUAUUAUUAGUCCAUGUAUUGAAGAAAUCCAUUGCACGACCGACGCCUAGUCGGAUCCCUUCUGGAUUGAUCGAGCUCUUCUCUCGUAGCAAGAAUGAGAAUCGGUUAAUUCAGGUUGUUUACCAGGAAAUCGCAAAUGCCAAGAUCUCUCUGGCUGUCUUGAUCAAAAAAGAAAACUACUACUUCGACCAAAUAGCAUCCGUUACCAACAGUCUUAAAAUGUAUAUUGACCGCUACUAUAACGUAAACCACCCACUAUACCCGUCUCCACCACUAUACCCGUCUCCACCACUAUAA